AUGAGCCUUCUCCAUCAAUCUGUCCAGAAAGCCGUCGCUAGAAAAUUCGAAAACGACGAAUUUACGGAUUCAGAAUCAGAAUCCGGUGGAGAAGACGACGUGAUUACAGAUUCAGAAGACGUCGCGUUUGAUGAGGAGCCAGCGAAAACGGAACGACGAAAACAGGCGGCGCGAAUUCAAAAAAUUCGGGGAAAAAAACGAAAUUUAAGGGAGAAAUCCGAGGAUUUAUUGGAAAAAUUGGUCUCCAAAGAGCUAGAAAUUUCGGAUUUGUUGGAGAAUUUGGGCAAAGAAGACGCCGUGGAAUUGAUGGGAAAACUGGCUGAAAUCACUGUGAAACAGCUGAAAAUCAAAUGCCGACGCGUCGAAUUCCUUGGCGGAGAACUCGAAUCGGAGAGCAAAAAAUCGAUAUCGAUUACUCGGAGAAUUCAGAAAAGUCAGGAGAAGAAUGAGAUUUUAACCAAAAAAAUCGAUAAAUUUCAAGAAAAAUUGAAAGACGCUCGAGGGUUUUUGAAUAAGCAAAAGGCGACGUGCCGGAUGAAAUAUGGAUGCUCACCGGCGAAAAUUCGACGAGUUAGGGAUUCCUCGACCCGCCCAUCGACCAGCCAGCUACCGUACUACAUUCCAGACCCAAAGCAUGGACCAUUCAAAUCUACAGGAGGAUAUGACCUGGAUAUGGAAGAUUCUGAUUAUUGA